AUGUCGGAUCGAUCGGGUGACUUUCAGCUCAAUCCAGACUGGCUGCGCCAGCUGGUGGAGGACAUCCGCGCGCUACUGCCAGAGGACGACUCGUCCCUGGGGUCGUCGACAUCGAACCCCGGCAGCGUGGGCCAUCCAGAGCUUUGCGACCACCGCUGCAUCUACUUCAUGAAGGGCCGGUGUCAGCAGGGCGGCUCCUGCGGCUUUUGCCACCGACACCACGGCUCACAGUCUCCCCGACCGCCCGACCGCAACCGCAACCCGAACCCUGGCCCGGAGACGAUCCCGAGCACUCCGGAGCAGCGCUUGGACCUGCUGCUGCCUUUCCUGGCGGCGCGUGCGCUGGAGGAGGGCUUGCCCGAGGGGGGCGCCGAGCUGCUGGAGAUCAUCCGCCAGCGUUUGCAGGAGCUCCGGCAGACUCCGGCGCCUAAGCCUGAAGAUUGCCCGCUUCAGCCGGGCCGCCUUGCGAAUCUGGACAAAGUCUUGCGGCGGAUGACCUUCUCAGGCUUGUUGGGCUUGGCCCUGCGGAACAAGCUGGACCGCGCCUUCACGGAGCGCCUGAAGGUCGCGUUCCAGGAAUUACGCCAAGAGCACGCGGCCCGCAGCACGCCCUAG